CCGGCCGGCGGGGCUGGGCGGAAGUGGUGUGGGCGAGCCCGCAGUGCAGAGACGCGGCGCGCUGGCGCGGUGCAGGGGCCGGAGCUGCCGCUAGUCCUCGCCGGGGCUCCCGAGAAGAUGGGGCGCUUUGCUCUGACCGUCAUCCGGCAUGGAGAAACACAGCUGAACAAGGAGAGAGUCAUUCAAGGACAAGGCGUUGAUGCACCUCUCUCAGAGACUGGCUUCAAGCAAGCAGCCGCUGCCGGUGUCUUUCUUGAGAAUGUCCAGUUUACUCAUGUUUUCUGCAGCGAUCUCCUCAGGACAAAGCAGACAGUGCUUGGGAUUUUGGAGAAGAGCAGAUUUUGCCAAAAUAUGACGGUGCGGUACGAUGCCCGGCUGCGAGAAAGGAAGUACGGAAUUGCAGAAGGGAAGCCGCUCAGCGACCUCAGGGCGAUGGCCAAGGCCGUGGGGGAGGAGUGUCCGAUGUUCACGCCACCCGGAGGAGAGACGCUGGACCAGGUGAAGGCACGCGGGAAAGAAUUCUUUGAGUUUCUCUGCCAGCAGAUCCCGGAAGAACUAGACCCAAAGGGGCGGGUCUCCCAAGAAGGCCAAAGAAACUCUCUGGAAACGUCCUUGGUGGAGAUAUUCCCCUUCGGGAAGAACCGCGCUCCCGCGCCCGACCCGGAUAGUGGCGCCCUGGGCCUGGUGGCCAGUGUGCUGGUGGUGAGUCACGGCGCCUACAUGCGAAGUCUGUUCAAUUACUUCAUCACCGACCUUCAGUGUUCCCUGCCAGGCACCGUGACGGAAUCCGAACUCAUGUCCGUCAGCCCCAACACAGGCAUGAAUGUCUUUAUCGUAGACUUGCAGAAAGGACCCGAAGCGAAAACAACAGUUCAGUGUGUGUGUAUCAACCUCCAGGAGCACCUCAAUGGGAAGACUAAAGCUCACUCCAGCUAGGGCCGCCUCCCAGCCUUAGACGGGGUGGGCGGGGGCUCUCCCAGGAGUGCCUUUGGCCUUCUGUCCCUCCUCUGCUAGCGACGCCUCAGAAACGGUUCAGGAGCUAUUACGGCAGGUUAUAAAACUCAGAUGGCCGAGAGCCACAAUAAAACACUACUGGAAUACCGUUUCUUUCUUUCUUUUUUCUUUUGUUUUUGUGCCACAUUGGCGAUGCUUAGGGGUUACUCCUGGCUCUGCACUCAGGAGUCUCUCCUGACAGUGCUCAGGGAACCAUUUGGGAUGCUGGGGAUUAAAUUUGGGUCAGCCACAUAUAAGGCAAAUGCCCUACCCUCUGUGCUCUCUCUCCAACCCCUGGAAGACCAUUUCAGACAGCCUGAUUCAAGUAUAGCUGGCACUUUCAAGAGUGCUUUUACUAUUACACGUAUAUUCAGUUCCAUUUCCAAGUGGUGAAUGGAUAAAGAAACUCAGUAUUGAAAAUUGGGGGAUUAAUAGUUUAGUUACUAUAGUUUUUUUCCCCAUUUUUUUCUUCUUUUUAUGGUGUUGGCAUAUUUCUUAAUGGCCAAAAAACCCACAAAGAAAACCAAAAAAAUCUAGCCUAUUUUAUUGACUUUCGGUAAGAUAUACUGUAUGUUUUAUACUAUUUCAUCUGAAGCUAGAAAGGGGUAGCUAAUUAUAAUUCCCACUGCAUAUUUAUAGUGACAAUAUGUUAUAUUUUUGAAGUCUUUUAAAUUAAAAGUAUUAUCUUCCUAAGUGUAUAUCACUGUAUCACUGUCAUCCCGUUGUUCAUCGAUUUGCUCAAGCAGGUGCCAGUAACGUCUCCAUUCGUCCCUGUCACAUGCUACUGUAACCCAGUGGCUUACUGGGGGCUCUUUCAGGAUCAGGGGAAUAAGGACUGUCGUUGUUACUGUUUCUGGCAUAUCGAGUACACCACGGGUGGCUUGCCAGGAUCUGUAUAUAAAGUUAAAAAAAAAAAACCCUAAACAUAGAAAUCAGCAAAUACUAAGACAAAAGUCAGCAUUUGACUUUUCCUUCUUAUCAUAACACCACGACUUACACAGUUGUUCCUAAUACAGUUGCUCGAGGCAUUCAGUGUUCCAACACCAGACCCGCCACCGGUGUGUCCUUCCUCCACCGGUGUCCCCAGUUUUCUGCCCCCAACCCCGGCCUGCCCCCUCAGCGGGCACAAACAAAUGUACUUCAUUGUGCUUGUUACAACACAAACGACAAAUGGAACUGUUAAAAGACAGCUCAAUAAAAGUUGAUUUGUGAUCACCGCUA